AUGGCAUCAAACCUGAUAGCUGCCAUAGAGCAAGAGACCUCGCAGCGAGUCACCAUCUCGGCCGAGCGCACAGAGUCCAACAUUGCCAAUUGCAACCAACAAAUCCAAUCGCCGCUCUUCAACAAGAUUCCCCCUGAGAUUCGCAACGAAAUCUUCAGGCUCACCACCCAGCCUUACUACCAGCCAGACAACAUCUACAGCCAGAACGGCCUCUACCAUCAUCAGGACGACAAUCUCGCACAGACGCAAUGCACAUCUCUUCUUCGGACCUGCCGUCUCGUGUGGCUGGAGACACAUGCGUUGCCUUCGGUGCACGCAAGGACGGCAACCCACCAUUUUUAUCUCAUCGACUGGCCAUUCGACGAAGCUUCGCAGAAAGCUUGUAAAAGGGCCAUGGAGUUCAACCAAGACAAUAUCGCUGCCUUGUGGUACGAUCUUCCCCAGAGAGCGAAGUUAGGUGUCGAGCACAUCCAUUUCCACUCGGCUAUCAAACUAUGUGCUUGCAUUACUGGGUGUGAAUGGGCCCACGGUUUGAUUGUAGGCUUGGAAACACCUGACAGAGGAUGCCCUACGCCAUAUCCGCCUAAAGUACUCACAAUCACAAACCGACACCUGAAUUGGCCGCCUGGAAACGAGCACAUGUACAUGCUGCGGAUGUACGCCAGGUACUUGGAGACAGCAUUUGCACAGCGCACGUCCAGUACCCAAGAAGUAAGGCCGAACCUCAGCACCGGAGACCACGGAUCUGACGUUGACCUCCACGGUGAUGCUUCGCAGUCCAACACUGAGGCCGAUGUGGCACAACUCAGCAAUGAAGCUUCCGGGUUGAGAAAGGUAGACUUGGUGAGCUACACGCUGGCCUACAAAUGGCAGCAUGGCAGUCAGCAGAGCCACACCACUACGGCAAUCCAAGCCCUGCCCGCAACAUCUCCUGAAGAGCUGGUCUCUGGGCUGACGGAGGAACAAGUCGCAGCUGCGAACAGGUAUCGCGAUCUCUGGGCCAGUCAAGGAAGUCUGCUGAGGUUUGCGGAAGAUGGCUGA